AUGACGGUGGCGACCAGCGACCCCUCGGAUGAAGCAGCAGCGCACCCGGGCGGGACUCACGACCACUAUGACCCUGAGCCGGACCACGACUGCUGCGAGAGAGUUGUCAUCAACAUCUCUGGCUUGCGCUUCGAGACGCAGCUCAAGACUCUCUCACAGUUUCCAGAGACGCUACUGGGGGAUCCCAAAAAACGGAUGAGGUAUUUUGAUCCGCUCCGGAACGAGUACUUUUUUGACCGCAAUCGACCAAGUUUCGACGCCAUUCUGUAUUAUUACCAAUCAGGAGGGAGGCUGCGCCGGCCCGUUAAUGUCACCUUGGACAUUUUUUCUGAGGAGAUCCGGUUUUAUGAAUUAGGCGAGGAGGCGAUGGAAAUCUUCCGGGAGGAUGAAGGUUUCAUAAAGGAAGAGGAGCGACCUCUGCCAGAGAAUGAGUUUCAGAGACAAGUGUGGCUGCUGUUCGAGUAUCCAGAGAGCUCAGGUCCUGCUCGCAUCAUUGCCAUCAUCUCCGUCAUGGUGAUUUUGAUCUCCAUUGUCAGCUUCUGCCUGGAGACACUGCCAGUUUUCCGAAAUGAGGAUGAGGACAUGUACAAAUAUCCAUCCCACUCCAUGGACAAUACCACCUAUAUCUAUACUGGCUCUUCAUAUUUCACAGAUCCCUUCUUCAUUGUGGAGACCCUUUGCAUCAUCUGGUUCUCUUUUGAGUUCCUCGUCAGGUUCUUUGCCUGUCCCAGUAAAGCUGGGUUUUUUGGCAACAUCAUGAACAUCAUUGACAUUGUGGCAAUCAUCCCGUACUUCAUCACACUUGGCACAGAGCUAGCAGAGAGGCCAGAGGACGGCCAGGCGGGCUCGCAGGCCAUGUCUCUGGCUAUUCUCCGUGUCAUCCGUCUCGUCAGGGUGUUUCGUAUCUUCAAACUCUCACGUCACUCCAAGGGGCUCCAGAUCUUGGGACAGACUCUGAAGGCCAGUAUGCGUGAGCUUGGCCUCCUCAUUUUCUUCCUGUUUAUCGGUGUGAUCCUCUUCUCCAGCGCCGUCUACUUUGCAGAGGCAGACGAGCCAGAAUCCCAGUUCAGCAGCAUCCCUGAGGCCUUUUGGUGGGCCGUGGUCUCCAUGACCACUGUAGGCUAUGGAGACAUGGUGCCAACAACCAUCGGAGGAAAAAUCGUCGGGUCUCUCUGCGCAAUCGCCGGUGUGCUGACUAUUGCCCUGCCUGUACCUGUCAUCGUGUCAAACUUCAACUACUUCUACCACAGAGAGACGGAGGGCGAGGAGCAGGCACAGUAUUUGAAUACGCCGAGCGUGCCUAAAGCCAGCUCAGCUGACGAUCUGAAGAAGAGUGAUCGGAGCGGCAGUGGGUCCACUCUCAGCAAAUCUGACUACGUGGAGAUCCAGGAAGCUGUGAACCACAGCACUGAGGACUUCCGACCCGAGGGCAUGAAAACAGGAAAUUGCACACUGGCCAACACAAACUAUGUUAACAUCACUAAGAUGCGUACCGAUGUAUAA